ACAAAACAGUGUGCAACUAUAGCAAUAUUUGCAGACAUUUAGAUACUCUGUUCUAAACAGUUAACUUUCAGUUCAAAACCGGACAAAAUUAAAAUGAUUGUAGAUGGAAAGAUACUGUAUUUUGACAGACAAAUGAAACUAUACACUUGAAAUGAGACAGAUUAUUCUGAUUUUUGCAGAAAAUGAAUUCAGUUUUCUGCUUUGUUUGGUUUGUUUGGUCAGUACCAGGUAAACAAAAGUGGUAAUACAGCAUUUGCAUAGAAAUGUGCAUGUAUGAAGGAAAAAUAUAGAUGUAGUUAUCGCUGGUGAGAUUUGUCCACUAUCACUGCUCUUUAAGUAAGUCAUAAGCUAUCAGUGACAUUAAGUGCCCCCAACAUGCAUACAAUGAUUGUAAAAAAUUGUAAAAAAAAAAAAUGUGUGUUUACAGACUGCUGGACUGUGUGUGUGUGGGUGUGAGCGUAUGAGGCAAUAGGGUAUUUCUUUGGACUCGUCUGAUAUGAUCACACAUGGAUUCUUUUUUGUCCUCCUCACUCUCGUCUCCUCACAAUCCUGUUCUUAUUACCUCUCUCACCAUGGGAACCUCUCGAGGGACACUGGGGAGAACACUGCUGUGUCUGUUUUGGGCUCUUCAGACGGCGAGGCCUUUCAACGUGGAGCCGGAGGCCUGGAGGAACAUGAACACGACGGCCGCUGCUGCAUGGUUUGGGUACAGAGUGACCCAGCUGGACAGCAGCAGUCUGCUGGUAAGUGCCCCUUUAGAGCAACACAGUGUGGAUGGGAAGGGACAGGUUUACCAUUGCCAGGUCUCAUCCAGCUCCUGUUCACCGCUACAUAUAAAGGUACCCAGCCCUGCAGCCAACCUGUCCCUGGGCCUCACGAUGACUGCAGGAGAGACAGGCUCCACGGCAGUGCAUCCUCUCUCUCUCUCUCUGUCCCUCAGGUUUGUGGUCCUACCAUUCCCAAAGAGUGUGAUGGCCUCACUCUGUACGGAGGGAUGUGCUUCAGCAUCAGCCAGAGCCUCUCAGUGAGGGGUCCUGUACCCGCAACUCUCAGAGAUUGCCAAAGUGGCAUUGAUAUAGUCUUUCUCCUAGAUGGUUCGGCAAGCUUGUCGCCCUAUCAAUUUAUUACAAUGAAGAAAUUUGUGAUAAACCUGAUCAAGAAGUUCAUUGCAAAAGACACACAGUUCGCCAUUGCACAGUAUUCCAGUGGCUAUGAAACUCCUUUAAACUUUGAACAGUUCAACCAUCACAAGGAAGGAAAAGAUUGGGAGAAAGAGAUCAUGAACAUUCAACAAGAAAUGACUUCCACUUAUACUGCCAAAGCCAUUAACACCACUGUCUUUGAGCUGUUCACAGAGAGUGCCGGGGCCAGACCCCAUGCCAGUAGGGUUUUGCUGGUGAUCACAGAUGGCGUGUCAGACGACAAGGAAAACUUGAAGCCUGCAGUCGAAAACGCAGCAAAGAAAAAUAUAAUUCGUUUUGCGAUUGGGGUUGGACAUGUUUCUGAUGAAGAACUGAAGAUCAUUGCAUCCGAACCAGUGGAAAAACACAAGUUCAAAGUGAGCGACUUCCGAGCUCUGGAUGGACUCAAGGAGACACUGGAGAAGAAUAUUGUAUCUGUUGAGGGAGGUGGUGGUUCUACGAAACUGGAGAUGGCACAAGAGGGCUUCAGUGGUGCACCAUAUCACUCUCCAGAGGAGGGCAUUGUAAUGGGUUUUGUUGGAGCAUACCAGUGGAGAGGGGGGUAUCAGAAAUACAACAUCAGUGGAGGACACUCAGAUUUUCAAAAAGCUAAUCUUCUGGAAACAAACGGAGACGAUAGUUACCUGGGAUAUUCUUUGACAGUGGCCUUGAGGAACAGCCAGAGGUAUGUUAUACUUGGGGCUCCGCGGUACAGGCAUAAAGGGGUGGUGGUGGUCUUCCAUCCUUCUGGGAUACAGACGAGUUUGGAGAAGGAAGAUCAACAGUCUCAGAUCGGUGCUUACUUUGGAGCAGAGGUGUGUGUGGUGGAUUUGGAUGGAGACUCCAACACUGAUCUGAUUCUGGCGUCUGCCCCCAUGCACACAGAAGGAGGGAGAGAGGGGCGAGUGUUUGUGUAUCAGUUUUUUGAGGAGGAUUCCACGGUGGUGUCUGACGCUGGUGUGUCCCUGCUGGGGAUGGAGGGUCAGAGGGGGAGGUUCGGCUCGUCUCUGGCCAGCCUGGCAGACCUGAACGGGGAUGGGAUCAGGGAUGUGGCAGUGGGAGCUCCUCUGGAGGAUAACGGACAGGGCAGCGUGUACAUCUUCAACGGGAGGACACGAGGAGUGAACCCCAAAUACUCGCAGAGGAUUGCAGGUUCAUCGGUGCAGUCCGGACUGCGGUUCUUUGGCCUGACUGUGGCCCAGUCUGCUUUGGAUCAGAGUGGAGACGGGCUGCCUGACAUUGCAGUCGGGUCCAAGGGAGCGGUUCUGCUGCUCAGGUCCAGACCUGUUGUUUCCGUGGAAACUGAAGUGUUCUACAGCCCCUCAAAAAUCCCCACCAGGGUGUCGAACUGUUCGGAGCCGCUGAGUGUCAACGCCACUGUGUGUUUCCUCAUGUCGAGGGUCACUGCAGGCAGCACAGGUCGGUCAACACUUCUGUGUGUUUCCUCAUGUCGAGUGUCACUGCAGGCAGCACAGGUCGGUCAACACUUCUGUGUGUUUCCUCAUGUCGAGUGUCACUGCAGACAGGCAGCACAGGUCGGUCAACACUUCUGUGUGUUUCCUCAUGUCGAGUGUCACAGCAGACAGGCAGCACAGGUCGGUCAACACUUCUGUGUGUUUCCUCAUGUCGAGUGUCACAGCAGACAGGCAGCACAGGUCGGUCAACACUUCUGUGUGUUUCCUCAUGUCGAGUGUCACUGCAGGCAGCACAGGUCGGUCAACACUUCUGUGUGUUUCCUCAUGUCGAGUGUCACUGCAGACAGGCAGCACAGGUCGGUCAACACUUCUGUGUGUUUCCUCAUGUCGAGUGUCACUGCAGGCAGCACAGGUCGGUCAACACUUCUGUGUGUUUCCUCAUGUCGAGUGUCACUGCAGGCAGCACAGGUCGGUCAACACUUCUGUGUGUUUCCUCAUGUCGAGUGUCACUGCAGGCAGCACAGGUCGGUCAACACUUCUGUGUGUUUCCUCAUGUCGAGUGUCACAGCAGACAGGCAGCACAGGUCGGUCAACACUUCUGUGUGUUUCCUCAUGUCGAGUGUCACAGCAGGCAGCACAGGUCGGUCAACACUUCUGUGUGUUUCCUCAUGUCGAGUGUCACUGCAGGGCAGGCAGCACAGGUCGGUCAACACUUCUGUGUGUUUCCUCAUGUCGAGUGUCACUGCAGACAGGCAGCACAGGUCGGUCAACACUUCUGUGUGUUUCCUCAUGUCGAGUGUCACUGCAGACAGGCAGCACAGGUCGGUCAACACUUCUGUGUGUUUCCUCAUGUCGAGUGUCACAGCAGGCAGCACAGGUCGGUCAACACUUCUGUGUGUUUCCUCAUGUCGAGUGUCACUGCAGUGCAGGCAGCACAGGUCGGUCAACACUUCUGUGUGUUUCCUCAUGUCGAGUGUCACUGCAGACAGGCAGCACAGGUCGGUCAACACUUCUGUGUGUUUCCUCAUGUCGAGUGUCACUGCAGACAGGCAGCACAGGUCGGUCAACACUUCUGUGUGUUUCCUCAUGUCGAGUGUCACUGCAGGCAGCACAGGUCGGUCAACACUUCUGUGUGUUUCCUCAUGUCGAGUGUCACAGCAGGCAGCACAGGUCGGUCAACACUUCUGUGUGUUUCCUCAUGUCGAGUGUCACUGCAGUGCAGGCAGCACAGGUCGGUCAACACUUCUGUGUGUUUCCUCAUGUCGAGUGUCACUGCAGACAGGCAGCACAGGUCGGUCAACACUUCUGUGUGUUUCCUCAUGUCGAGUGUCACUGCAGGCAGCACAGGUCGGUCAACACUUCUGUGUGUUUCCUCAUGUCGAGUGUCACAGCAGACAGGCAGCACAGGUCGGUCAACACUUCUGUGUGUUUCCUCAUGUCGAGUGUCACUGCAGACAGGCAGCACAGGUCGGUCAACACUUCUGUGUGUUUCCUCAUGUCGAGGGUCACUGCAGGCAGCACAGGUCGGUCAACACUUCUGUGUGUUUCCUCAUGUCGAGUGUCACUGCAGGCAGCACAGAUUUAAGGGCGAAAUUGAGCUACACGUUUACGCUGGACCACGUGCGUCAGACGCCCCGAGCUACCUUUGCACCCAACCAGCAUGCUACAAGUGACAGCAUCACAGCGACACUGCAGAAAAGCUGCCUUCCUCUCAGUUUCGCAACACACGGGUGUCCAGAGGAUGCCUUGAACCCCAUUGCUAACAGGGUGGCCUUUACUUUUGAUGGACUCCCUAUCACUGGAGAGGGGAACCUGCGGCCAAGACUGUCCACUGAUUCUCGUCUCAUUUCAUAUCACAUGUUAAACUUCGAGAUCGACUGUGGACCAGACAAGAUCUGUGAGGACAACCUCCGAGUGGACUUCAACUUCUCAGGGGCCACGCACAUUGAUGUAGGGGUUGCGCAGGACUUGUAUGUGACGGUGAUGGUGGAGAAUAGAGGUGAAAACUCCUACAACACCCGUGUGUCUCUGUCCUACCCUGACGGCCUUUCCUACAGGACCUUCACCAAGACCCAGGGCAGGGUGGCGUGCAGCUCUCGUGACGGCGAAGACGGAGUGGCCCCGGGGAAAACCACCUGCAGCAUCAACAAACCCAUCUUCACGGCUGGAGACACGGCUGUCUUUGUGGUUCAGUACGGUGUUCCUGACAGGCCUACCUUUGAUCAGAGUGUGUCAUUCACUGCCAAUUUGACAAGUGGAAACGAUCUGCACGCCCCAGACAGCAGACACUUUGCAGAGACAGAGAUCGGAGUCAGACACAGCAUUCAUGUAGUCAUUAGGAGACACGAGAACACAACUGGCUACGUUACCUUCAAAGCAGAUGAGAGCAGCGUGGAGAGACCAGUGACACAGCUUUUACAGGUGGAAAAUGGCAACAGACGACUCAAUCUGUCUGUCAUGAUCCGUGUUCCUGUUAAACUAGGCAAGAUGGAUAUCUGGUCUGAUAUGAAGGCUUUAUCGAUUGCAGGUUGCCAGAGGAGCCAUGACAUGAAGCCAACCACUGACCUUCCUGUUGAAACUCUAAAAAAGACACAAAUCAUGAACUGCUCUGUGGCUGCCUGCAGAGUGUUUAAGUGCGAUGUGUACCUGAAGAAGAAGGAUUGCGUGUUUUAUAAAAUCUCCGGCAAAGUGCACUCUGGGUGGAUAUCACAGACUGGAGUUAGGUCUGGUCAGAUUAUUUUGGUCAGUGAGUCAAAUCUGGAAUAUGACUCAAACAAAUACAUCCUGCCCUCGGCUGAUGGCUUGCAGUCUUCCUCUUUCACUAUGCUUGGGACUCAGGUGGAGGUCUAUGAGGAGCCCAAGUUCACUAAAGAGAUCACUGGUGGAGUGCUGGGCGGUCUGCUCCUACUGAUUCUGGUCACCGUGGGCCUUGUGAAGGUGGGUUUCUUCACCAGCCAGUAUACACAAAGGUUGCAGGAAUCAGCUAACGACAAUUAACUGAACCAAGCAUCAAGCAUUCUGAAAGACUAUCUAUUAAGUAUGCAAUAAGAUGGAAGCAGGUCUGUAGCAGAUUGUCUUAUGGCUCAUGUGUUUUAGAUGUGUACCUUACACAGCUGGGCAAAAUGGCCUUACCCCCUAGCUAAAUACCCUGAAAACUGAGAAACAAUGUUGUGAUUGUGUUAUGCCUCCAACUUAAUACCCUAUAUAUGCAUUGAGGGGCACGGAGGCCAGCAAUGAUAACCAAAUUUGAUUUUGAACCAAAAUACUUACCGUUACUAUGAUAACACAAAUAAACAUAUGUUGUUACUGAAGUAACAUGGAGCCUGCUGAUCUAUCUAAUAUAAUAUUUAAAUAAAUAAUAAUACAAUUGUUAUAAAACUAUAUUCAGAGAAAUAAUAUAAUUUCUGCAACAUGUGAACAUGUGAACAAGCCAUUUUGUUAUGACGUUUCCUUAAAUAAAAUGACUCUGAUAUGUACAUAUGCUUCUACCAACUCCGCACCAUUACCAAAAUCAAGUCUUUCCUGUCACCCAAAGAUCUUGAGAAGGUCAUCCACUCCUUCAUAUCCUCCCGGCUAGACUACUGCAAUUCCUUGUGUACGGGAAUUAGCCAUUCGUCCCUGUCCCGCCUACAACUAGUCCAAAACGCAGCUGCAAGGCUCCUGACCGGUACCCGGAAAAGAGACCAUAUUAGCCCUAUCCUGGCCUCUCUCCACUGGCUUCCAGUGCGGUUCAGGGUUGAUUUUAGGGUGCUCCCGUUCGUUUUUAAAGCCCUUAGUGGGCAGGCUCCAUCUUAUAUCACAGACCUCUUAACCUCCUAUUCUACCACCAGGCCCCUCAGGUCUUCCAACUUAGGGCUCCUGGCAGUCCCCCAAUCUAAACUUAAAUCCAGGGGUGACCGCGCUUUUGCUGUCUAAUUGUUUUGUUUCUGUUUUCUAUUUGUUUUGAUAUUUUAUUUUAUUGUGAUUUAAUUGUACAGCA